AAGGAGGGAGAAGCUUCGCAUCCCAUUUCACAGGGAAUUCAUCCAUAACGGCAAAUCCCUCGGAGGCGGAGGGAGUGGGGGGAAGGGAUGGGUUGGUGCGCCUGCUUCGACGGCGGCAACAAGCAGCGGCGCCGGGAGGAGGACCAGCUGGCCUCCGCCGAAGCCCGCGCCAGGGCCGCCGAGGCCGCCCAGAGAAGGCAAGAAGAAUUUGACAAGUCUGCUGCAGGAAGAGCUGCACGUGCGCAGAUACAGGCGAUGAACAAGCAAUCUCCAGCUACCAAUAAAGGCGAACCAGUUCUUAAGUGGUCGAUGGGCUGAAGCAUGAUUUUGGCAAUCCAGAUCUGGUCUUUUCCUCCAGCUUCUCUUUAUUAUUAUCAUAAUUGUCGUUUUUCUCUUUUUUUUUUUUUUUUUUUUUUUUGGAGGUUGUAAAUUGUAAUUUUGCUAGUGGGUGGAAAUCUGCUAUCUGUAAAUUCUGAAUCUGUUUGGAUGGACCGUUGGUGGGAUUUUGCUUUCUGUAAAUUCUGAAUCUGUUUGGAAGAUGCUGGAUGAAAAAAGGAAUAUCUUUUGCUCCGGCAUCGUAUUUCUGGGCCUGUGGAAUAAAAUAAUCUCAAAGAUCUCUUUUCUGAAAA